UUUUUUUAAAUCUCGUGGUCGCUGCGGUGACCUGGGAUAAAGGUGCCCGAGCGGAUGCCUGCUCAGAAAACGCAGGAGACACGUCAACAAAUCUUCCCCCAAAAAAGAAGUCAAGGAGAGUGGACGCCCUGUUGGAGUCCGUGUCUGUGACACAUUCAUGCAUCAGGUCCGGACAGACAUGCAAACAUCGCGUCUGUGUUCGGAAGUCGAUUCCGCGCAGGCCUGGUUCGUCUGAAAGGAGCCCACAGUUUGUUUUAAAGAAGAGGAUAGCCGCUGACAGCAUGGACGAAGUGGAUUAUCUGCAGCAGUACGCCGCUGACAGCCUGCCGUUUGAAGAAAAACCAGAGAUCAAACCGCUCGGACUCCAUCAGCUGCAGGAUGCUGAUAUUAACCGAGCCGAUGAUAUUCAGCAACUUGUGGUGAUCAAAGAAGAGGCUCCAUGGGACCAGCAUUACUCGGAACACCUCUACAUAAAGACAGAGCAGGAGGAACUGCUGGCCAGUCAGGAGGGAGAGCAUCUUAAUGGGUUCGAGGAGACUGAAAUCACCGGGUUUCCAUUCAAUAUUCUAGUAAAGAGUGAAGAUGAUGAAGAGAAACCUCAUUUUUCACAGCUUCAUAAAAGCCAAACUAAAGACUGCACGGCGGCUGAGCCUCCAAGCAGCAGCUUGACUAAAUGGAUUAAGAUAGAAACUUACGGAGAGGACGGUAGAUCACUAGAACUAGCCAGGAAACCUGAUCCCAGUACUCAUUUACAAACAAAUAUUGUUAAAGGGGCUUCUGACUCUUCAGAGACGGAGGUCAGUGAUGAGGAUUGGCAGGGCCCGUUGUCAGAUUCUGGACCUGAAACUGAAGACAGUGAGAAUGGAAAGCUCGAGUCGGGCGUUCCUAGUGAGGCGGGACAUAACACUCCGAAAAAAAACUUUAGCUGCUCUGCGUGCGGUAAACAUUUUGUCUACAAGCAGUCUCUUAAGAGGCACAUCAGACGUAAUUCAGAAAAUGGUUCUUCAGGCUGUUUGGAUAACAUGAAAUGUUUUAAACGGAAGCAAAGCAUAGACUCGCACAUCAAAAUUUACACGGGAGAGAAACCGUUUGGCUGUGGGUUCUGUGGCAAAAGAGUUAAGUACCUGUACAAUCUUAAAUCACACAUGAGGGUCCACACGGGAGAAAAGUUAUUUGGCUGUGACAUUUGUGGAAAAAGGUUUACGCAUCACCAGAAUCUGAAGACUCAUGUGACAAUCCAUUCAGGGGAGAAACCGUUUGUGUGCGAUAUUUGUGGCAAAAGAGCAAGGCAUCAGAAUAAUCUAAAGAUACACAUGAUAGCCCACACAGGAGAAAAACCGUUUGGGUGCGACGACUGCGGUAAAAGAUUUAAACGGAAGACUCAUCUGACGACGCACAUGACCGUCCACACGGCAGAAAAGCCAUUCGGCUGCGACGUGUGUGGCAAAAGAUUUAACCGCAAAUCCCACCUUAGGACGCACAUGAUCGUUCACACUGGGGAGAAACCGUACGGUUGCGAUGUUUGUGGCAAGAAAUUUAACCGAAAAACGCACCUGGAGUCUCACAUCACGGUUCACACAGGAGAGAAACCGUUUGGUUGCGCCAUUUGUGAUCAAGGAUUUACUCAGCAGGGAAGUUUAAAUCGACACAUGAGAUUUCACUUGGGGUAGAAACGUGGUCACAGUCACGGAGUUUGGUCUGAAAGGGUCAAAGUGUCGCUGAAAGCCACAGCAGAGGCUCUGAGAGUUAUUGCUCUCUUCAUCUGUGUCUACAGUUUCGAGACUCUUUUUGUUUUUGUGAUUAAUCUUGACAUUCUUGACAUUUUAUGUUACAAGUUAAGAAUUGUGGCAGCACGGUGGCGCAGCAGUUACCACAGUGCUGCCCCACAGAAAGAUUUGAACCUACUUCCCCUCUGGGGCACCCUGUGUGGAUGCCCUUGGACUUCCUCAGGGUACCCCAGCUUUGUGCCACAGUCAGAGGACAUGCUUGUUAGAUAAAUGGGUAACUCUAAAUUUGCCUUAACUGUGAAUGAGUGUGUAUGGUUGUCUGGACAGGCCCUGUACCCCUCUGUGGGAGCUGUUAGGGCUCCAGCCCCACAACCCUGCACUGGAUUGGCAAGAGCAGUUAAAGUGAUCGGCUGUAAUGACAUCAUUUAUGGAUUCGGUCAUCUCCUGCGUUGGAUGAGGCUCUGGUCUCUUUAUCGUCCUGCAGUGCUUUUUGUUUGUUUGUUUGUUUGUUUUGUAGGUGUCCCAAAACUAUUUACUGGCCAUUCUUGGCCCCUGCUUCAUGAAACACGACUUUAAAUAAAACUUUAAAAAAACCUGUGGCUCACAGUGUCCCGGAGCCCGCAGAAGACUCUCUUUUGAGCUGAUGUAAGACUUCAGUGUGGAGCAUUAACAAGUAUUCUGUUGUUGUGGAUGGUUUGUCUCUUCCUGCCA